AUGGCGGCGGUACAGUCACCACCUCCGGCACAUCCGUUAGCCGGCGCUGAGAUGAUGGAUACACGAACACCCUCACCAGUGCAUGCAAACGGCGAUGUCGCGACUCCAGAUAGUGACGAAUACAAGCCCGACUUGACCGCCGAGGUGUCGAUGCUGAGCACGAAGCUGGUGAACGCGAUAAACUACCAGACAAAUCUAGACGACUCGCUACAGCAGACACGGCAUGAGCUGGAACAGGCCAAGAAGGAGCUAUCGCAGAUCAGGCUGCAGAAGAAGUUGACAGACGAUCAAGUCGCAAACGGUAUAUUGGUUCGGAAGAGUGCGCUGGACAACACCAUGAGUAAGUUACGGUCCGAGCUGGAGGCGGAGAAAGCAGCACGAGAGACGGCGGAGAAGGCGAAGAAGCAGACGGAAGGCGAGCUAGAGAAUUUGACUACGGCAUUAUUUGAGGAGGCCAAUACUAUGGUUGCGGCUGCCAGGAAGGAUACAGAGGCGGUGGAGAAGCGGAACAGCCAAUUGCGGACUCAAUUGGAAGACACUGAACUUCUCUUGGCCAGUCAGACGGAACAGCUGCGAGAUCUGAAGGACAAUAUGGAGAGAUUAGAGCGGUUGAGUGAGCAGGGGGCCAGAGAUGCGAGUGUACCUGCUACACCCGUGGAUGCUCGAACAGCAGUAUGGGACGCUCUGCAGCUCUCUCCAGGAGGGCAUGGACACGACGUGGUGCCAGACCAUCCACUUCACUUCUCGCAGCUACUGGCUCCGGUUUUGCGAACGGAUACUGCAGCUUACACCGACUUCCGCGAGCUGCUCCUCCUGGCUCAGCGUGCGGCACCGCCACAUUCGCGGCAGGCUAGUGGAAGUGCGCAUAAUAUCGCCUCGACUAGCACGCCUAAUCUGCACUCGACUAACGCCUCAACAUCUGCCACCACGAUCCCUGGCAGCUUCUUCUCUUCUUCGGCGAACAACAGUCCUUCGUCUUCCACGUUCGGCAACCAAGCAGUUUUGCCGCCCCUCAAGGACAGCAAGUUUUACAAGCGAACGUUGAACGAGGACAUUGAACCCACCCUGCGCCUUGAUCUGGCGCCAGGUCUUAGCUUUCUGAGCAGAAGAUCAGUCCUCUCGUCUCUACUUUCUGGUAGCCUGGUCGUGGAGCCUUUCAAUGCCGCCAUCAAGUCCUAUGGCCUCGGCUCUGUCUUCGCCUGCUCUCUUUGUGGCGAGCAGAGGAAGAACGAGCCUUAUAUCCGCAAACACCGCUUCCGCACCAGCGAAAGCGAAGACGCGCAACGCUAUCCUCUCUGCGACUGGUGUCUUGGCCGUAUACGCGCUUCUGGCGACUUUGUGGGAUUCCUGCGUAUGCUCCGAGAUGGCCACUGGAGGACGGAAUGCGAAGAGGAUGAAAAGGAUGCUUGGGAGGAAGCUACGAGAUUAAGGGAGAGGAUGUUCUGGGCUAGACUUGGCGGUGGCGUUGUGCCGGCUUCGCAGCUGAAUGGUAUGAGGAGGGAGAUGCUGGAUAGUCCGGAGAGUGUGAGGGCUAUCGAGAGUGCGCGGCAGAGUCUUGAGGGCAUCCCGGAGAGGAUGACGAAGCCGGCGGAUACGACUGAGGCGGCGGAGCAGAACCGAAGGACAAGCACGAUCGCGCGAGCCGUUAUGGGUCCUCCUUCUGGUGGAUUGGCUACUUCGCGGCCGGAUGCUACGCCCAAUGGACACUUAGAGCACGAUACAUCGCCCGCGACAUCCGAUGAGCAAGCAGACAAUUCACCAACCCUCGAAGAAGCACCUGCACUGCAAAUGUCCAAGGAGGAAGUGCCCGAGCAGCCGACGACACCCUUCGAAGACGCCCCGUCCGACCUCUCCUCCUCGCAGGAGCAAAGCGCAGCAGCUGACCAACAACUCCAAAACGAGAUUGCAGCACAGUCCAGCAGUCUCGAAGAGAAGACUGAGGUCCCCGUCCUGCAUUCGAUCCCAAUCGUCAACGAGCCGACUCCUAGCUCCGAAGCUGAGGUCUCGACGCCACCGAGGCCGCAGCGGAGCGAGCGAAGACCGUCGGCUGUUCUGGCGAGGGUACGAGCGAUGGAGCAGGGUAAGCAGAGAGGUAGCAAGUCACCGGAGCGGAAACUACCUGGUGGGUUUGACUAG